AUGGAACAACGGCUGAGUAACACAGAAUCAUUUCCUAACCAAAAACAAGACGAUGUUAUAAUUGAUUGUAGUAAAGAGGAGGCAGUGGCAGUGGCAGUUGCAGCGGCGGAAGAGCCGCCGGUGACACAGAAGCCCAAAAGGGUCGCCACUUUAGAUGCUUUCAGAGGCCUUACUAUUGUGUUAAUGAUAUUGGUAGACGACGCUGGCGGAGCAUACUCACGAAUCGACCACUCGCCGUGGAAUGGUUGCACGUUGGCGGACUUCGUGAUGCCAUUUUUCCUCUUCAUAGUCGGAGUCGCCAUUGCACUUGCUUUCAAGAAAAUUCCGAGUAUAAAACAAGCAGCGAAGAAGAUAUGUGUAAGGACUGUAAAGCUUGUGUUUUGGGGCCUAAUUUUGCAGGGAGGAUACUCUCAUGCUCCUGAUGAUCUUCAAUAUGGUGUUGAUAUCAAACACAUUCGAUGGUGUGGCAUUCUUCAAAGGAUAGCGUUGGUUUACUUUGUGGUAGCCAUGAUUGAAGCUUUCGCCACCAUAGGAAGGCCAAGGGUCAUCUUGGACGAUGGCCAUAUCUCCAUUUUCACAGCAUAUCGUUGGCAAUGGAUUGGAGGGUUUGCAGCCAUGGUUAUAUACGUUAUUACAACCUAUGCGCUCUAUGUUCCAGAUUGGAGCUUCUCAGUGCUGGACGCCGACAAGCAGCUGCAGCAUUACACAGUAGUUUGUGGGGUUCGAGGCCACUUGGGUCCUGCCUGCAAUGCCGUAGGCCAUGUUGAUCGCAGAGUUUGGGGCGUUAACCAUCUCUAUGCCUACCCUGUUUGGAGUCGCCUCAAGGACUGUACGUUUAGCUCACCGAACGAUGGCCCUCUUCGGAAUGACGCUCCAAGUUGGUGUCUAGCUCCGUUUGAGCCUGAGGGAUUGUUGAGUUCUGUUUCGGCCAUUGUUUCUGGCACCAUUGGCGUCCAUUAUGGCCAUGUUCUGAUUCAUUUCAAGGCGCACUCUCAACGGCUCAAGCAAUGGAUGGCAAUGGGGCUUGGCUGCUUUGUGAUUGGCAUCAUCCUUCAUUUUACAAACGCCAUUCCUAUAAACAAACAGCUUUACAGUCUUAGCUAUGUCUGCUUCACAGCAGGAGCAGCAGGGAUAGUUUUCUCAGGCUUCUACAUUCUGAUCGACGUUUGGGGGUUCCGAAAGCCAUUCUUAUUUCUGGAAUGGAUAGGAAUGAAUGCAAUGCUGGUAUUUGUAAUGGCAGCUCAGGGAAUCUUUGCAGCUUUUAUCAAUGGAUGGUACUAUAAAGCUCCCGAAAACUCCCUAGUUCAUUGGAUUCAAAAGCAUGUGUUCAUCAAUGUUUGGCACUCAAGGAAACUGGGAACUCUGCUAUAUGUGAUAUUUGCUGAAAUAGCAUUCUGGGGAAUAGUUGCAGGGAUUUUGCACAAGCUGGGAGUGUACUGGAAACUGUGA